ACCUCUAUCCACAACCAAAAACCAAAUUAUAUAUGCUCUUUCAAUAUCACUCAAGCACCUUUAAUAUGACUUAUAUCAUGGCCAGCAUCUUUGCCUGCUUGCUUCUAUUUCUCUUCUUUCUAUUAUGGAAGAGGACAGCCCAAAAAACUACCCCUCAAAGCACACUUCCACCAGAAGCUGGUGGUGCAUGGCCUAUGAUUGGCCACCUCCACCUAUUAGCAAGGUCAAAACCUGCCCAUAUAACCUUGGGUAAUAUGGCUGACAAGUAUGGAUCAAUCUUCACCAUCAGGUUGGGCGUGCAUAAAGCUAUAGUGAUCAGUAAUUCAGAGAUAGCCAAAGAGUGUUAUACAACGAAAGACAGAAUCUUUGCAAGCCGUCCAAAAUCUGUGGCAACAGAACUCAUGGGCUAUAACUAUGCUCUAUUCGGUUUGAGCCCUUAUGGUCCUUAUUGGCGCCAAGUUCGAAAAAUAACCACACUUGAAUUCUUUUCAAGUCAGCGCCUUGAGAUGUUCAAACACAUUGGAGAGUCGGAGGUAAAAACAGCUAUAAAAGAAACAUAUCAACUCUUGGUCAAUAACAAGAAGCUCAUGUUGGUAGAGAUGAAGAGAUGGUUCGGCAACAUCAUGCUAAACACUGUGUUUAGGAUGGUUGUAGGGAAGCGAUUUGCUUGUGCUGCCACCGAGGAUGAGGAUCAUGAAGGAAAUGAUCUCCAGUGCCGGAAGGCAUUGACAGAUUUCUUCAUGUUUGCCGGAAAGUUUGUGGUCUCGGAUGCACUUCCAUAUCUAAGGUGGUUGGACUUGGCUGGGGACCAGAGGGCCAUGAAGAAAAUCGCAAGAGAAGUAGAUCACGUGCUUAAAGGUUUGCUAGAAGAACAUAAACAACGAAGCCUCUCAAGUGAGGUGAACAAUGGACACCAAGACUUCAUGGAUGUUAUGCUAUCCAUUGUCAUAGAUAACACGGAUGUUUCCAAUUUUGAUGCUGAUACAAUCACCAAAGCUACUUGCCUGACCCUUAUCUUAGGGGGCACAGAAACAACAACUGUGACCUUGACAUGGGCUCUCUCUCUACUUCUUAACAAUCGGGAGGCUCUAAAGCAAGUCCAACAAGAACUUGACCUCCAGAUUGGUAAGGAAAGACAAGUGAAGGACUCAGACAUAAAAGACCUAGUCUAUCUCCAAGCUGUCAUCAAAGAAACAAUGCGCUUAUACCCUGCAGCCCCACUUUCUUUGCCGCACGAGUCCACUGAAGAUUGUACUUUGGCUGGUUACCAUGUCCCAGCAGGCACACGUCUUAUUGUUAAUCUAUCAAAGAUCCAUCGAGACCCACAUGUGUGGCUGGACCCAACAGAAUUUCGUCCAGAACGAUUCCUUACUACCCAUAAAGAUAUCAACGUUAGGGGUCAGAAUUUUGAAUUGAUACCAUUUGGCAGUGGUAGAAGAGUUUGCCCUGGAAUCUCGCUUGGGUUGCAACUGAUUCAACUCACACUUGCUACAUUCUUGCAUGCUUUUGACAUUUCAACCCCAUCAGCUGAACUAGUAGAUAUGGUUGAGAAAGCUGGACUUUCCACGGCUAAAGCAACACCACUCGAAAUUCAUCUCACUCCGCGCCUUCUUGCUCAAGUAUAUCAUGUGUAGUACUUUUAGUAUCCCUGAUAAUAAAUAAUUUAUGUGUGAACAACUAGGAGUGUGUUCUAGCGAUGCAUAUAUAUCUUAUGCAAUAUGUCCAUCGAUCUAAAAAACAAAACAUGUCUGUUCGGAACUUGAGAAAACUCCAAAGAAGAAUAAUUAUGUUCACUUUA